GAUGUGGCAACCAAUGCAGCUGCGCUUACACUAAUGCGCACUGGGAGAAAUGGAGGCUGGAGCUGGGAACGCGUAUGAAUGUCACUGAUGUAUUCCCCGAGGUCGGAGAGGAGGUGUGUGUUAAGACAGAUGAAAGCGAUGGAGGUUAAAAUCCUGUGAAAAACGUCCUUGGUGUCGACGUUGAAACAAGCAGUGAUUGGAUGUUGUAAAAGAGAUACAACCUUCCUGUGAGCAUUGAGCAUUAAGAUCAAGUAGCCCGUGUAUGCCAGCAGCAGCCUGCAGCAGCCGCCUGAUCUCAGCAGCUCUCCCAGUCACUCUCCCUAUGGGUGAAGCACCUUCGUAGGCGUUCUUAGCCGUGCUUCCAGCAGCCUCCGCUCCAACAACCCCCUCACAUCCAGUGUCACCAUGGGGGAGGUUGUCCAGAUGCACUUCACUACGGUGGACUACGUCAUCUUUGCCUUGCUGUUGGUGGCCUCGGCUGGUAUCGGUCUCUUCUAUGCCUUCUCUGGAGGGCGCCAGCGCACAACACAGGAGUUCCUGAUGGCUGAUCGCUCAAUGAGCUGCCUGCCUGUGUCUCUCUCUCUGCUGGCCACGUUUCAGUCCGCUGUGGCCAUCCUGGGUGCUCCGUCUGAGGUCUACACCUUCGGGACCCAGUACUGGUUCCUGGGCUGCUCUUACUUCUUGGGCCUGCUCAUCCCUGCUCAUGUCUUCAUACCGGUCUUCUACAGACUGAGAUUGUCCAGUGCCUAUGAGUAUCUGGAGCUGCGCUUCAACAAGACUGUUCGCAUAUGUGGGACUGUGACCUUCAUCGUUCAGAUGGUCAUUUAUAUGGGUGUAGUCCUGUAUGCUCCAGCCCUGGCACUCAAUGCUGUUACAGGUUUUGAUCUCUGGGGGGCAGUGCUGGCCAUGGGAUUAGUGUGCACUCUCUACACUGCUCUGGGGGGUCUGAAGGCGGUGAUCUGGACCGAUGUAUUCCAGACGGUGGUGAUGUUUGCAGGCCAGCUGGCUGUAAUUGUGGUUGGGGCCAGUCAGGCGGGGGGCAUAACAGAGGUGUGGAGGAAAGCAAUGAACGGCAGUCGCAUUGCUGGACUGGACCUGAACCCCGACCCCCUGGAGCGUCACACCUUUUGGACCCUCGGUGUGGGAGGAGUCUUCCUGAUGCUGGCUCUGUACGGGGUCAACCAGGCCCAGGUCCAGAGAUACCUCAGUGCUCGCACAGAGAAAGAGGCCAUCAUGUCCUGCUACGUGGUUUUCCCCUGCCAGCAGAUAGUCUUGUGUAUGGGCUGUCUGAUGGGUCUGGUCAUGUUUGCUCGCUACGGGGAGGACAGCCCUCUAGACAAGGGCUACGUCAAAACGAACGACCAGAUGGUGCUCUACUUUGUGAUGGACGUGUUCAAGGAUCUGCCCGGGCUGGCAGGACUGUUCGUGGCCUGUCUCUUUAGUGGAGCUCUCAGCACCAUCUCAUCAGCCUUCAACUCACUUGCUACAGUAACGAUGGAGGACCUGAUAAAACCUCAUUUUCCAAACAUGACUGAAGCUAAAGCGACCCUGCUGUCAAAAGGACUCGCUUUGGCCUACGGCCUGGUGUGUCUGGCUAUGGCGUACCUCGCCUCUCUAAUGGGAUCUGUGUUGCAGGCAGCCUUCAGCAUCUUUGGGAUGAUCGGCGGUCCUCUGCUUGGCCUCUUCUGUCUUGGGAUGUUCUUCCCCUGGGCCAACCCUAUAGGCGCAGUGGUUGGUCUAGUAUCAGGUCUAGCAAUGGCCUUCUGGAUCGGCAUUGGCAACUUUGUGAUGCGUCUAUCUGCUAACAGUGCAGUGCCAUCACUUAAUACCACUGCUCUCCCCUUGUUUGACAACAUGACCACCACUGUCAUGUCUACAUUAGUGAAUGCCACUACAGCCAAGCCAAGGCCAACAGGUGUGGAGGCGCUCUACUCGUUGUCCUACAUGUGGUACAGUGCUCACAACUCAGCCACUGUGGUCGUGGUGGGACUGAUAGUCAGCUUCCUAACAGGACCCAUGAAGGAGAAAGAGCUGACCCCUGGCACAGUGUUUCCAGUCAUGGGUCCUCUGCUCUCCUUUCUACCGGAGCACUACAAAGAGAAGCUCUGCUGCAUCACUCCUCUGGCUCUAAAGCCCAAAGAAAUCAGCACGCAGCCUUAUCAGAUGGCCAAGAAAGACAGCAACGGAGCGGCGUACUGCAAAGAGGACACGGUCACAGAGGAGAAGGAGACGGAGAGCGACAGAGCUCUGACGGAGGAGGAGGACAUGGAAACAAGGACCUCUCCGCCCUCUUGCCAUCUGACCGCUCACACCGUUCAGGAGACUGCCUUGUGAUCCUUUUUUAAAUUUUUAUUUCUCAGACUUAAAAACAUGCACAAGAAACAGAGUUUCCCCCUCGGUUACAGGGGACACGUGCAGCGAAACAUCCAUCACAAAGUAUAAUGUCCCGAAUGUCUACAGCAACAGAUGUGUAGGUAUCUGUUUUUUAUUAACAUUAUCAGUGGAAUCUGAGUACAGAAAAUGGUUAUGGACCUCCAUAUCUAAAUGGUGUUUAAAUGGUACCUGCGAACAAUUUGUCCUCUUAACAAAAAAAAAAGCAAAAGAAACAUCUGGAAACGACAUUUGCCAGGCUGGAACUGUGCAUCGAAUGGCUGAAUAGCGGCAAUCAAAGAAGAAAUAACUCCGCUGAUCUCUAUUUGCAUCUCUGGUGACACUUGGGUGAAGAUAUGUGGCUAGUUUGAAUUUAAAGUGGGGAGCUCCGCCACACAACAAGCUGCACCGCUCUGCCUGGGUCCAAUCAGGUCGUCAAGAGGUACAACAUGUGACGUGAUAUUUUUGUAGAGAAGACAGAACAAUGAAAAUGUAGAAGAGAAUAUAAUAUAAGAAGAAAAAGAGAGACUGAGCUUCGAUGGAAGGCAUUACUCGUAUAGGCUGCCUGAUGGUGUACUUGUCUUUACAUGGCCUUGGUUUGAUCACCCUCUAAUAGUCACCUUCUCGCUGCUACUACACAAGUCUAAAUGCUGAGUCACAUGUGCUAAGCUAUGGGGUCAGACCAUGGACUGUAUAUACAAAUUGACAGCGUGCCGCAGCCUCCUCCGGUUGAACAGGAUGAAGCCAAAAUCCCCCCCGCCCCAUGACGGCCGCUGAGUCUGUGCGGUAGGGGAUCCGCUGGAGGAGCCUCUAUAUUAUCGUCAUGGCGCCUCCACUAACGGAAAGAAAACACAAUUGAAUUUACCGAUAAGACUGCGAAAAUUAUCCGGAUUGGAUCAUCUUUGUUGAUUAUUUUUUUUUAACAAGGAUCAAGUAAUCCAGCUCACCUUUACUCCUGGCUGUUCAAAACCCCCUACGAUAAUAGUUCAUACUGAUUUGGCUAAAACGCAGUAUGCAAACAAGUGUGAGAUCCGAAGUAUGCCAAGAAUACCCAGAUGUCGUACUGAUCCAGAAAAAAUCUACAAUAUGCAUCAGACCAGUCUCCCUCACGUAGUUUCCCACAAUGCAAAGCGCCAAGUCAGAGAUGUAAAUGACGGACGACAGCAACCACUGAUUAUCUUUUUUGAUUCUCUAAAUCAUGAAAAGCUAAAUGAAUCAUUAGCAGUUUUUUUUUUUUUUUUUUUUUUACACUCUUAAAUUGACGCUACACUGUCGCUGCGUUAGACGUCCGCUCGUCUGUUGUUUACUUUAAGACCAGAUACCAGUUUAGCCAGGCCUGGUACUCUGAAGGUUAACCACCGACUGGAGGUCAUACAAAUACUAUCAUGAACGUAAUGUGCAGGACAUACUGUGUUUGAAAACAGCCUGUGUUCUUCAAAUAAAAACUGAUUCAGAUACAGACUUUAAAGGAUUACCAAAUCCAGAUUAAGUGGUCUUCACACUACAUACUUUGUCCACAGGGGGCGCCAAAUUCACACAGUGAAUUUAAAGUAAAGUUUUAAGGACAAAUUCCUUCAAACUCUUAAUAUGAAUCUCAUCUACAAUGUCACUGAAACAAAACACUUCUAUUGUAUAGAAUAUUUAUAUGGAGCGCCCCAGGGCUGUUGGGGGUUUUAGGCCUUGCUCAAGGGCACUUGGGCAGUACUCAGGAAGUUACCUGGCACCUCUUAAGCAAGCAGGCCAGCUUCCAUAUCAAAGUGAUCCUGAUCCUACUCAGAAGUUUUGAAUAACGCAAGCUGGAGGGUUGAUCCAGAUCAAAACCAGGAUUGGACUUCUUGAUCUUAUCUGAUAACGUAAUCCUUUUUUAUUUUUUUUUAUUUUUUUCUCAUUCAACAACCUGAUUUCCAGAUUCGAUCCACCAGUUUCAUUGUCUAUGUAACAAAACCUUUCUCGGAUUUCUAUCUCAACUUGAGGUUGACUAAUUUUCCGUUGAAAUUAAGAAAGAUUUUAAAAAAGGCCACUAUCCAAGACAAAAAUGUUGCAAAGAUAUAAAGGUAACAACAGCUCGGCAGCGGGGUAUCGUCUGUGGAAACUGAGACCAUGCUGCUCUUCUCAGGCAGUAUACAAAGAAUGUUUUAACGUUAAAUCUAAGAGUAUCGACAGUUUGUAGUUUCUGUAUUCAGUUGUAGUGAACUUGUCCUUAGCAUUAAUGACUCAGGAUAUAGAAGGCUCUGUUUCCACCUUUCACUUGCUUGCAAUGAGGAGAGAGCGUUUGCAGCACCCAGUGACUUUUUCUCUAACCCCUCUGACUUUUCUAUGAGGCCGCUCUGAGUGCUUUGAGUUAAAUGGUUCUAAUUUUCAGAAAGGCGCUGCAGACGUCACAGUGCUCUUUUCAAAAUGUAGGAUAUUCCCUGUAGUUUUGCCUCCUACAGAUAAUGUCUUGUACCCACAUCCUCUUUGCUCCGUGUCUGAUCAAAUAUUUCUCAAAUAUAAAACAUGGAGUAAUAAGUAACGGAACUGUGUCAGUCAUACAGUGGUCGUUGUCAACUGACUUGUUAUGGAGAUGGGAUGGACGCUCAGCGCUUUUCUUCUCAGCACUCAAACGCUUCAUGCAAGCGCUCCCCAGCGCACAGCUAGCUCAUUUCUGCCCGGAAAAAAUGAUAUGUGUACACGGGGUCUUUGUCAUGUAAAACCACAUUAGUGCCUCACUCGCUGAGUGUUCUUCUGAUUGGCAGGUAUUAAGGCACACAAAAACACAGUUUUGGUUUUCUUUAGUGUUAUGUUUUAUUCAUGUAGCCCAGCCCAUCAAUAUUUAGAGACCACUACUCCACAUACUGGUGUACAACAAGCCACCAUCUCAUAUGACUAAACAAACCCCAGCUCUGCUCUGAGCCACACAAAGAAGCCAUCUUUGAGAUGGACCUACUUAUUGAUGUGUCAAAAGGUAAAGAUGAUUCAGCGAUUUCUGUUGCGAUUGUAUUUUAACUUUGAACCUGUUUUGUAAGUGCCCGUCUUUUACUUUAAGGUCACUGUCAGUGCCAGGAUGAUGUAUGUGGUAGUGUUGUUUAAAUAUUAACGUCAUUCUCAUAA